AUGGCUUCCAUGCGGUCGUCGACGGGGUGCUCUCCCGCAGCCCAGGAAGCCGAGGAGCGGUAUGCCAACCGGCGUAUCGAGGUCCGUGCGGAAGCCUCCUCGGACCAAGCCCCAGAUGUCCCUGGGCGAGUCGAGACCUGGGCGAGAUUGCGGCAGCUGACCACCGACUUGCGGCUACCGCAGGCCCUAUUGCGGCUGAAGGAUGGCGACGACAAGCCUCGAGGACGUCCUGCUGCCCUCGGUGCAGCACGAAAUCUGGCGGGACCCGGCCGGCUGGACGAGACUGCAACUUUGUCAUAUUACGGGAUGAUCAGAUUUACCGCGGUACUCCUAGCUCAAAAGAUACGCAGCGGCGAAAGGUAUAAUGGCUUUGGCCUUGUGGUUGACGAUGAAGAGGAAGCCACUGCAUAUCCGAGUGACGAUAUGAAGAGACUGGAGGACAUGAGCGAAGACGAAAGAUUGUGGUAUCUGGCGGAAAAUGUUGAGAAUGAACAGCUGAUCAUGGCCAUGGGCGCAAGCAUAGCAGAGAACCGAUUCUCGGAAGCGAAUUUUGAGAGGUGCCAACGACUCUUUCGCCUCGAGGGCAAACAAGGCCAGAAUGUAGAUGACCGCAUUCGUCACCAGAAUUAUGAUAGUGAGAGAGUGCACACGGCACAUGGAGGACGUGGCUCGGCUAUUGCAGGGCUGGAAAAACCUGACUUCAUUAGCGGGUAA